AUGAGUUAUAAUUAUGAGCAACCCCCCACCAAGGUUCUUGUAGUUACACCUGUUGUAACUUGGCAAAGUCCAGACCACACACAGCUGACAUUGGAAGAGUCCUCCUCCCCCCAACUGCUCCACAGUCUGAAGCCUGUGUCCAUCCUAAAGGUAAGACUGUAUUGGCUCAAGGAGAAAGUUCUAAAUAAUGGAGGAGUUUCUGCACAGAUAGCGCUCUUGCAAACAUGGACUUUCUGCAAGAAGUGUGAGAAGCACCAAGCCCACAAAGUGACACAGUGCAAGAAAGGCAAAGUUCCCCUUCAUGCCAGGCAUUAUGACAGGAAGCAGAGUGGCUAUGGUGGGCAGACUAAGCUGAUUUUCUGGAAAAAGGCUAAAACUACAAAGAAGAUUGUGCCAAGGCUUGAAUGUGUUGAGUGCAACUGCAGAUCUAAGAGAAUGCUGGCUAUUAAGAGAUGCAAGCAUUUUGAACCGGGAAGAGAUAAGAAGAGAAAGGGCCAAGCGAUCCAGUUCUAA